GCGGGGCGUAGCCCUUUCCCCGGAAGCAUCUUCACCACGUGGACCGAAGGCGGACGGGGAGAAGCGGCCGGUCGGUCACGAUGGGCGGCCUGGAGAAAAAGAAGUACGAGAGGGGUUCCGCCACCAACUAUAUCACCAGGAAUAAAGCUCGGAAGAAACUACAGCUCAGCCUUCCGGAUUUCAGGCGACUCUGCAUCCUAAAAGGGAUUUAUCCUCACGAACCUAAACACAAGAAAAAGGUGAACAAGGGAUCAACAGCUGCCCGGACCUUCUACCUUUUGAAAGACAUAAAAUUUCUCCUCCAUGAGCCCAUCGUCAACAAAUUCCGGGACUAUAAGGUAUUUGUCCGCAAAUUGCGUAAAGCCUACGGGAAGAGCGAAUGGACCACGGUGCAGCGGCUGAAAGACAACAAGCCGGCUUAUAAAUUGGACCACAUCAUCAAAGAGAGAUACCCAACCUUCGUCGACGCCCUGCGGGAUUUGGACGAUGCGCUCUCCAUGUGCGUCCUCUUCUCCACCUUCCCACGCACCGGCAAGUGUCACGUCCAAACCAUCCAGCUGUGUCGUCGGCUGACGGUGGAGUUUCUUAACUACGUCGUCGCCUCGCGCGGUCUUCGCAAGGUUUUUCUCUCCAUUAAGGGCAUCUAUUACCAGGCUGAGGUGCUGGGCCAGAUUGUGACCUGGAUAACGCCGUACGCCUUUUCCCACAACCACCCGACAGAUGUGGAUUAUAGGGUCAUGGCUACUUUCACUGAAUUCUACACCACCCUCCUCGGCUUUGUCAAUUUCCGUCUCUACCAGACGCUCAACUUGCACUACCCCCCAAAGAUCGAAGGCCAUUCUUCAUUAGAGAGCCAGCCAGAGGAUGGAGAAACUUAUGCCUUGGACUCUGAGAGCACUUUGGAGAAACUGUCAGCUCUCAGCACCAGCCUGGCCCGAGUCGUUGCUCCUAACAUAGAGGAUGAAGCUGAAGUGGAUGAGUUUCCUGUGGAAGGAGAAACUGCCGAACAAGAGGAGACCAGGAAGAAGGAAGAAGAGGAUCUGGAGAAACAGAAGAAGCUCUUUGAAGGGCUGCAAUUCUUCCUCAACCGGGAGGUGCCGCGCGAACCCUUAGCUUUUGUCAUCAGGUGUUUUGGGGGCAAAGUGUCGUGGGACAAGUCGGUCUGUAUUGGCGCCACCUACGAUGUUGCGGAUCCAAGCAUCACCCACCAGAUUGUGGACCGCCCAAACGCAGAGAAUCAAGUGGUUGGAAGAUAUUACCUCCAGCCUCAGUGGGUUUUCGACUCGGUCAACGCCAAGAUGCGCCUUCCGGUAGCCGAUUACUUCCCCGGCGUAAUGCUGCCUCCUCACCUCUCCCCGUUUGUCUCCGAGAAAGAAGGGGACUAUAUGCCCCCAGAGAAGCUGAAACUUUUGGCCUUGCAAAAGGGUGAACAACCAGCCAAAGAUAGCGAGUCGGAAGAGGAAGAGGAGAGCGGUGGAGAGGAUGAAGGUGCAACUGAAGGCUCGGAGGAGGAGGAGGAGGAUUCUGACAAGGAAGACGAAGGGAGACUACGCAAGAUGGAAGCACAGCGAUCUCAGAACAAGAAUCUCCCUGUGAAGGUGACACCUGGCCAGGUUGUGAAGGAGGAUAAGCAGCGGCUGAUGCAAGAACAGCAGAGCGAGGAAAAGCGUUUGGCCAUCAUGAUGAUGAAGAAACGGGAAAAAUACCUCUACCAAAAAAUAAUGUUUGGGAAGAAGCGCAAAAUUAGAGAGGCAAACAAAUUGGCGGAGAAGCGGAAAGCUCACGAUGCGGCUGUAAAAUCGGACAAGAAGAAAAGCAAGAAGGCACGUCGGGAAUAGCGGAGCCUGUCUCGUUUCGGGCCAUCGUUUCAUUAACACAGCUCUGGGAAAUGGACCUGGGGCCUAAAGCCAGUUCUUUCACGUGGAGACGGACAAUAUUGGAAUCCGGAGCUUUGCCUGAGUCCCCUCUUCAUAAGCAGAACCAAUCGGGAGAAAAGCCGCGGUAUUGAAAAGACAUGUCAAAUCUUCUUUCCAUUCAGUUUUUCUCUUUAUCACACUCACUGUAACAGCCUUGAGGAGAGAAACAGUCCUCCUUUUGCCAAGGACACAUAAAAUAGCAAACACACAAACAAGGUUCCUAUCUGGAAUCAGAAAAUCGGUUUGAUUUUCUGAGCAGAGUGGGUUUAUAUUUCUCUUCUCCCCCUUUUAAUUUUGGCACAGAAUCCAAACAUUUUUGAAGUUCUUGCCGCCUUAUUUUAAAUAAGGACCCCCUUAUUUUAAGAGUCGUUCAACGUCACCUUGCUGCGUGUGUAAAUAAAAUCUUAAGAUCGCUUUAGCUGCGUGCCUCCGUUGGAGGGUGACUCCUAGCCAGCCACACUUGCUCGUUUUGCAACCGUUGUGUUAUCUUUGUGGUUUUGCAAUUGUAAAUUACAGCGCGGCGAAGGAGGAGUUACUAAAACUCAACUUUUUGAGUUUUGGACAUUCA